CUACCCCCUAAAUCAUGCCAUCUGCCCAAGCUUUUCGCCUAUUCCAGCUCCACCAAGUGAUGCUUAUCUCUCCACGACAACAUCAACACCAACCACAAAAGUUCACAAAGCUUGAGAAACAUUCCAUAAGAAACCACGACGAUCAGCUGCUGCCUACACGCAGGCGACGCGCCGGAGGAGUCGUUGCUGACUACGGCAGCGCGGAGGUGACGCGCCGGAGGUGGAGCUGCUGUUGCUUCUGGUCGGCCGAACAACGCGUCUUCCCCACCGAUCACUGCGUCUUCUACCGCCGUUGGCUCUCGCCGGCCGUACGUCAAGCCGCUGCAUCGGGUACCAAAUCGGCUAUGGCAUUUGCCACCUCAUGAAAAUCCUAUGUGGUAGAAAGAGAAAGCAGGAGAGAGAGUGAAGCAGGCUACACCUAUGUCGCUUGGCUGGAGCACGACAACCCAGAGGCGGGAAAGAUAACGGAUCUUGUUUCAAAAGUAUAGUAGUACACUCUGGUAUUGAUUACAAAUGGAUACCAAAAUCGGCACUAUAGACAAGGUUGAUCUAGAGCGCAUGGUGCUUGAUCGAAGUGCAGAGCCAACAUACCUGCCGUUAUCACUUUUGGAAGACAUCACAGACUAUUUUUCCGAUGAUCAACAAAUUGGCAGCGGUGGAUUUUCCGUAGUUUACAAGGGAAUGGUUGGGAAAAAGAUGGUCGCUGUGAAGAAACUAUCCCAAACGAUGCAUGAGAAUAAAUUCCACAAAGAAGUUGAAUGCAUUACGAAGGCCAAGCACAAAAACAUAGUGCGUUUCCUUGGAUACUGUUCUGACACGCAAGGGAGAAUCGAAGAUUAUGAAGGAAAGUUUGUGAUGGCGGAUGUACGAAACUGGUUGCUAUGUUUCGAGUACGUACCAAAUGGAAGUCUCAUCGAGUAUAUUACCGAUGCAUCUCGUGGACUUGAAUGGCGAGAGCGAUACCAAAUAAUUAAGGGAAUAUGUGAGGGACUACUUCAUCUUCACGAGAAGCGUAUCCUCCACCUAGAUCUCAAGCCUAGUAAUAUAUUGGUUGAUAUUCAUAUGGUACCCAAAAUUGCUGAUUUUGGCCUCUCAAGGUGCCUUGAUAAAGACCAAACCCGGGACUUCACUUCAAGCAUAUGUGGAUCACUGGGAUAUAUGGCACCCGAAUUCUUCAUAGGACAAGUUACAUUUGCAUCAGACAUAUACAGUCUUGGUAUUAUAAUUAUGGAGAUUCUGACAGGAGAGAAGGGGUAUCAGGAAGAACAGGAUGUAGUUGAGAAUUGGAUGAAUCGGUUGGAGGCAGCAGAUCAAAGGGAGACGCAGUUGGAGCAAGUAAGAGUAUGCACUACGAUAGGGAUAGAGUGCAUGGACCCUAACCCAAAGAAGAGACCGUUUGCACAUCAUAUAGUCAAUAAGCUUGAUAAAAUGACAAGUGUCGUCGAAACUGGCAUCACUAGUCCAUCUGUUGGGCAGCAGGUUAGAUUCCUACAUGAACAACAUAGUCAAAGGAAAAUUGUGGAUCUUUCACUUGAGUAUCUCCUAAAAGAACAACACAGUCAAAGUAAAAUUGUGGAUCUUUCAUUUGAGUAUCUCUUAAAAGAUAUGAACGGGCGCACUAAAACAGAAGAACUCAUGGAAUUUAUUGGGGCAUUUAAAGAUCAUUGGCGGCACGCAAAAGAACAUCAGUGGUCACUACGGGGAGCGCAAGGUACAAAGCAAAAUAGCAGCCAACAACAAGGGGCAAGUAUUUCUAGCUCUAACUCUGUUGUGCUCAACAAGUUGAACAUCUUCAGUACAAAAGCACGUAGGAAUUACGCCAGGAAUGGUGGACCUAUGCUUGAGAAGAUAGAUAUGUUGAAACUUUUCAAGAAGGACGAGCUUAAGCCAGCUAUUAAGGACAAGAACCGUAUUGGAAGAGAUGUCUUUGAAGAAGUUUACAUAGGCCUUGUUGAUAGAGUACCAGUCAUAGUAAAGAAGCAGAUUAGUGGUACUGUGCUACAAAAUGGACAGUUCGCAAAGGAAGUCAUCAUCCAAUCUCAAGUCCUCCACAAGAACAUUGUAAGGCUCAUAGGUUGUUGCGUGGAAGUUGACAUCCCGAUGCUAGUAUAUGAGUAUCUCUCCAAUGAUAGCCUCCAUGACAUUCUUCACAACAACAGCAAGGUACGUCUCAACUUGGGCGUGCGUUUAAAUAUUGCCACAGAAUCAGCACGUGGUCUAGCUUAUAUGCAUUCAAGGCACAAUAUCUUACAUGGUAAUAUUAAAUCAGCAAAUAUACUCUUGGAUGACCAUUUUGUGCCAAAGAUCUCAAAUUUUUGCAUAUCAAGGUUGACCGGGAGAGGCUACAAACACACCAGAACAGUCAAGGGCGACGAUGCUUAUAUGGAUCCACUAUACCUACAAACAGGCCUACUUAGCGAAUAUAGUGAUGUGUACAGUUUUGGAGUCGUUAUGUUGGAACUUCUUACCAGGAAGGAGGCCACACACUCUGACAAUAAUAGCUUAGUAAGGAAUUUCCUUGAGAAUCACAAACAGAGUAAGAAAUCAACCGAGCUAUUUGAUGAGAAUAUUGCAGUGAUGGAGAAUCUGGAGCUUCUUGACAAUCUGGCACAACUUCUUGUGGAAUGUCUUAGCAAGAACUUGGAUCUAAGACCGAAAAUGAUAGAUGUUGCAAAGCGGCUCCACAUACUGAAUGAAUCUCGUGGCCAGUGGGUCUUAAGUUGACAAGUCGAUGCAUUUACUAGUUUAGUUUGAACUUUAAACAACAUAUAUGUUGCGUCGAAUAAGCUUCUGAUAGGUGCAAGUAUAGAGUGAUGUGUGAUGAUCGACGUGUAAUUUAUGUAUUUUGUUGUUGUGAACAAGUCUUUGAAAUCCUCUACAGCUGUAAAAGCAAAACACGCUAAAAGCAAUGCCCUAGCAGGCCUCCUUGGCCCUGUCGACCCACUGGUACAAAAAGUUCUGUCAGAUUGUGAAUAAGGGGCAUCACUGAUCCACCAAUGUUGGAAGCCCUAGCAUGUCGUGAAGUGCUUGCUCUUGCUAUGGACCUAGCUAUAUCACAUGUGAUCAUCGCCUCUGAUUGCCAAGGAGUUAUCAAGGACAUUCACAAGCAGGAGGGAGGGAAGUACGCAAGCAUUGUGAAGGAAAUUGUAGAGACAGCAAGAACCAUCGAUGACUUGACCUUCAUCUUCGAGGGUAGAGCUACCAAUCUUGAGACACAUAGCCUCGCUAAGCACGGUUUCGAUCUGGAUUUUGGGCGCUAUGUGUGGCUGUUAAACCCUCCAGACCUUCAAUGUAUUCCCAUGAACAUUACUGAGUUAUAAUAAAGUGUGUUUAGAUUCAAAAA